ACACCGGAAGUGUGAGUGAUGUCUCGUUAAACAUGAAAACGGAACAUGAAGCUUCGUGUUUCAGAUAUUUAGGGCAAUCGGGUGAAGACACUUUGAGCGGGAACCGAGAAAACCGUUUUUUCCCUGACUAGGCGCGGCGGAAGCAAUUUAUACUUCGGAUUUACUGAUUUACCGACUAGUUUCGCGGCUGGUGUAAUUUUUACGAGGCAAGAAACUCAAGAAAAUCGACGAUUUUGGUUAAAAAGAAGUCACACUGGAGAUUUGCGUUACAGUUCAAAAUGGCUCGUCGUUUCAAUUCAAACAGAUGAAGCGAACCAAGAAGGUCUUUGUGGUGGAAAGCUGUAGAUUUAUAUCACCGUUAAGCUGGAAUUUUGUGGAUGUUUUUUUGGAUAUUUUCCACCAGUAUAGGAAGCAGCUAGCCUUGCAAAUUUCGCGCAAGUGACUUGCAUAUUUCUUUCCAACGGACAAGCCACUGAGGGCGGGAGAUAUGAAUUCUCCGCCGUUUAUCGGUGCGUCCAUUGGGUUAGGGAUUUUAGUUUUCCUCCUUACUCUUGCUAUUGUGGGAAUUGUUUUCCUCCGACGAUAUCUGAAGACGCUGAACGGUCCAAAACCAUCUCGGAAGCUUGGAACCUGCAUCACUUCAAAAGAGCCACCGGGAUUCGUCAUCCCUCCGUACACUUUGAUUACGGAAGAAAGCGAUGGAGGUGAAACUAUGAGUGAAUAUGGUGAAAAUAUUGAAGAGGAUACAGCAAAGCUCUCCCCUCCUUCGUUCAGACGAGCUCUCUCGAUGCCAUCGGGUCCAAUGGGAAAUAAGCAAGGAGUUUCUCGUUGUGAGGAAGGCGAAUCAGGGACAGCAGGGAUUUCAACAAAGGAGUUUCGACCUCAGUAUAGGAGAGCUGUAUCUCAAUUCGUUCCUCAAUCUGUUCAAAUGAAGAGGGAGUCGGCAAGGAAGGUGUCGGCUGCACCAUAUGGAAAGCUGGAACUCUCGUUACAAUUUGUGACUGCCAAAAAUUUGCUGAUCGUUCAGGUGAAUGGCGCUUUUGAUUUGCCUCAAGUGCGUCUAUCCGGGAUCUCCACCCCGUACGUCCGUGUACAUUUGUUACCAGGGCAACGGCACAAGGACACCAGGUCCAACUUCUUGAAUCUUGGAACAAACCGGAUUUGCAUGUUCGAUCAAAUCACUUUAGAAGAAGCACAAAGGUAAGAUAUUCUUUCUCAGAUUAAAUCCGAAAAAUAAUUUUAUGUCGGGUUCGGUCGAGGCUUCCUUUCUUGCUUGGCUCCAGUUUCUCCAAUCUUGUCUCCCAGAGGAUGUCACUUAUUUUUUGUCAGCCCCAAGAAGUCGAGGCCUCUGGGAGAAACUGGAACGUGAGCUAGCAUUAGCUACAACUCUUUCUACACAUGUACUUUAUUAAACUUGAACAGAUGCACACAAUAAAACCGAAACCGGAAUUUUCUGGUUUUGUCCAGAGCAUCUCACGCUUGGCCGUCGCUGAACGAAAACGCGCUAGCUCUCUCCCAGGCAGACGCCCUUUGGACUCGUCACACAAUCUUUCCUCUGACCAUUGGCAAUGGGGUGGGGGGAGACUACGUGACGAGCCAUCAGAGCGUCUGUAUAGGAAUCUAUUGUUUAACACUUGUGUUUGCCAAAUCCUACCCUUUGCUGGUCCCAGAGGUUCUCUUUCUUUCUUUUUUCUUCUCCUGUCACGAAAAACGAUAUCUGAAAACAAACGUUCGUUCCUUGAUUUAAAUAUUCCGAUAUUU